AGAAGGAAAGAAAGAGAUCGCAGCAGGGGUAAAGGCAGCGGACGGGAAGCGAUUUUGGCCGACUCUGGACUCGUCCGCGGCGUGCGCAGGAAUGGCGGCCCUUCCCGGCACGGUCCCGAGGAUGAUGCGGCCGGCUCCCGGGCAGAACUAUCCCCGCACCGGAUUCCCUCUGGAAGUGUCCACGCCACUUGGCCAAGGCCGGGUCAAUCAGCUUGGUGGGGUCUUCAUCAACGGGCGACCCCUGCCUAACCACAUCCGCCACAAGAUCGUGGAGAUGGCCCACCACGGCAUCCGGCCCUGUGUCAUCUCCCGCCAGCUGCGUGUCUCCCAUGGCUGCGUCUCCAAGAUUCUCUGCCGCUACCAGGAGACUGGGUCCAUCCGGCCUGGGGCCAUCGGCGGCAGCAAGCCCAGACAGGUGGCGACUCCGGAUGUGGAGAAAAAGAUCGAGGAAUACAAGAGGGAAAACCCAGGCAUGUUCAGCUGGGAGAUCCGAGACAGACUGCUGAAGGACGGACACUGUGACCGCAGCACGGUGCCCUCAGGUUUAGUGAGUUCGAUUAGCCGCGUGCUCAGAAUCAAGUUCGGGAAGAAAGAGGAGGAGGAUGAAGCGGACAAGAAGGAGGACGACGGCGAGAAGAAAGCCAAGCACAGCAUCGAUGGCAUCCUGGGCGACAAAGGGAACCGGCUGGACGAGGGCUCGGACGUGGAGUCAGAACCCGACCUCCCUCUGAAACGCAAGCAGCGCCGUAGUCGGACCACGUUCACGGCUGAGCAGCUGGAGGAGCUGGAGAAGGCCUUCGAGAGGACCCACUACCCGGACAUCUACACCCGCGAGGAGCUGGCGCAGAGGACCAAGCUGACGGAGGCACGUGUGCAGGUCUGGUUCAGUAACCGCCGUGCCCGCUGGCGUAAGCAGGCAGGAGCCAACCAGCUGGCAGCGUUCAACCACCUUCUGCCCGGGGGCUUCCCGCCCACCGGCAUGCCCACGCUGCCCCCCUACCAGCUGCCGGACUCCACCUACCCCACUACCACCAUCUCUCAAGAUGGGGGCAGCACCGUGCACCGGCCGCAGCCGCUCCCUCCGUCCACCAUGCACCAGGGGGGGCUGGCUGCGGCCGCAGCAGCCGCGGACACCAGCUCUGCCUACGGAGCCCGCCACAGCUUCUCCAGCUACUCGGACAGCUUCAUGAACCCGGCGGCGUCCUCCAACCACAUGAACCCUGUCAGCAAUGGCCUGUCUCCCCAGGUAAUGAGCAUUCUGAGCAACCCCAGCGCCGUGCCACCGCAGCCACAGGCCGACUUCUCCAUCUCCCCGCUGCACGGUGGGCUGGACUCGGCCACAUCCAUCUCGGCCAGCUGCAGCCAGCGGGCCGACUCCAUCAAGCCGGGAGACAGCCUGCCCACCUCCCAGUCCUACUGCCCGCCUACCUACAGCACCACCGGCUACAGCGUGGACCCCGUGGCUGGCUACCAGUAUGGCCAGUACGGCCAAACUGCUGUUGAUUACCUGGCCAAAAACGUGAGCCUCUCCACACAGCGUCGUAUGAAGCUUGGGGAGCAUUCUGCUGUGCUGGGACUCCUGCCUGUGGAAACUGGCCAGGCCUACUAGGGCCCCUGGGACAACUUGCCCCAGACCAAGUCCCAGUCCAGCCCUUACUGAUCCCUGAGCCUCCCAGCCUCCAUCCUUUCAUUGCCCUGGGGUCCCAGGAGGCCAGGAAAGGAGCCCAUUCCCUUCUCAUAGCCAGUGCUCUGGAGAUGUGCAGCCAGUCUACCAUUCACCUAUGUUCAGGAGCCCAGAGUGACCCCCUUGGAGUCUGCCCCUCCACUGUCUCCCCCAGAGGGUUUCUGGUUAAGCCUGCAGUCCUCCCCCCAGUCAAAUCCUGUCCUGGUCUCUGUGCUCUCUCAGGCACAGAAAUGGAAGCUCACCCUGAAGAGAGUACCUUGGGCACCCAAAGGAGGAUGGUGGCUGGAAUGAGGUACUAGAGCCCUUUGGACAAGACUCCAGUGAGUGCCCUGGCCAGAGGCGGGGGUGGAGUUCAGAGGGUCACUCUUAGCUGGAAGCGCUGGGAACCAGCCCUCGCAGGUGGAUCUCUGGCUUGGGCCCAGAACUAGAGCCCAUUUCUCCUUUGGAUGCUGGGAUGUCAGCAGAGAGGACCCUAGCCCUGUGGUUUUCCCAGGGGAAUCACCCAGGAUUUCUGAGGACUCCAGGACCCUCCCCACACACCACUGCUGGGUGUAGGAGAGGAAUCUAGCCCAGGCAGGGGGAUCAGAAAGGGCAGAUAGAGGCCUCCCAGGAGGCAGGGUUCACCAGCAGUGGGCUGCCAGGUACAAGGACCCAACCUAGGCACCUAGAGGCAGCAGGCAUCUAGACUGAAGCCCAAAUGCCAACCUUGCCCACCCCACGUGGGGUCUGGGGAGCCCACGAGUCCUUCAGUUUUCUCAUUCUCUGAAUCAGAUGGGAGGGGGAAGGAGCGAGUUUUGUGUGAAGAGGCAGAGGGCAGGCUCAGAAGGGGGCUUCAUAGCUGGGGUCCCUCUGCUUGUGGGCAUCAGACCUGUAUCACCAAAGUCUUCAGGGUUAUGCAUUUGAGUCCACAACCCAUGGAGCUGCAUUCUCUCCCAGAGCCUCCCUCGGAGACCUGAACCUCUGGGAAGCGGUCCUCCAUCUGCCGUUUAAGCUGCUGGGGUGCACAGAGCUUCCCUUGGAGCUCUGGAGGAGGUUUCUUGGACCAGCAAGGACUGCUUACCCACAGACAAGACCACCGAUUCCCCUUAACAUUUGGGGUAGAGGGGGCGUGUCCCUGUCCCACUGACAGUGGCACCUUUCAGUGUUGAUCCACUCUAGGCUGAGAGGGCCUUGUCUGGUCAUCCAGCACAGCUGGGGUGGGGGUGGUGACAUAUGUGGCCAGUCUUCAGGCCACCACUCCUGUACAGGUGGGGGAUGCCAAAUGUUCCAGAGAAUAGGGGAAAGGCGCCUUCCUUGGCCACACCCAUGGUUUCCUCAUAUCUCUUCUCUUUAAAAGUAGAGACAUUUGGGGAAUGGUCCAAGCUCCUGACUAUGCCUCCCUUGGGACUUUCCACCACCUUUACCUACUUUCAAAACUAUAUUCAUCUUCUCCAUCAUCAUGAUUAUAAUCUACACUUGGAUCACCUUUAUCAAGUGCUGCUAGGUUAAAGGCACUUGUGACGGGAGACACAGCACUGAAUCUGCAGAGACUGGGCCAGAUUGCUUGUCCCCACCUGGGCAUGUGAGGCCACCUCUUUGCUCAACCCGUGCUCCUUGCUCUCAGCCAACAAGACAUUCCUGGAGGGAAGGGCUGCUGCCUUGGGAGUCAAGCUGAGUUCCUCCCUACUGGGGAACUGGACUGGCAAGAUGCUAGGAUGCUUUCCUGCAUGGACGCCUCCUCUGUGACAGAUGUUCACCUGCUUCUCAUCUUCAGACUUGGUAAUAUCAAGCCUGUCCUGGACCGUGGCCAGGGGGGCUUGUAUUUCUGGUUUAGAGGAACCUAUUCAUACAUGGGGACAGAUAGACUUUCUGGUAGCAGCAGAUACCUGGACAUGUGUAGCCCAUGGAGUUCAGCCAAGGUUUCAAAUGAAACAUCUACUGCAGGAGACUUUUGAUCCUUCAAGCUAUGGACAGAAAGGAAGACUGUGUCAUCCCCUGGUGACCUGGUCCCCAUGUUUGAAACCAACACAGCCAGGAAGCAGCUUUUAAGAUCAACCACGGUCUUCACUGACAUUCCUUGAAUGGUCAGUCCUCCCUGCUGGAGGACUGACUCAGAAAUCGUCCGAGUCCCCUUACAUACCCAGGAGCAGGGCUCUCAGGCAGGUGACAUUAAAACCGCCCAGCCUCACCCCCAGGAGGUGACAUUCCUAUGCUAGGACCAGUCCCAAACAUCUGCCCUCUGUGAUGAAAUGGGAAUAAACCAAGUGACUUAUUAUGUCCAACUUCUCUGGAGUUCUCCCAAGCAGCCAUCUUGGUAGUAAAUGGGACUUAUUCCAUCUGGAGCCCCGCCCCCUCAGAGAGAGACCCUGACCCUGAUGGGUUUUCCCUAGAACCUUGUGUAUUAAUGUGUCUGGCCAACUUAGUUCAUAAAACUCUGUCUUGUGUUGGCAGCUCACCCCUUCACUGGAGAGAUAACGUGGGACAAGAGGUACAAGGCUUCAAACUCGAGGGUUGACCACAGCCUAGAAAGAAGGCCUGAAACUCAGUGGCCAUGCCAGCCCAGAAACAAUCCCCAUCCAUUCCUGUAAAUAGAAUCUAUAGCAAAAUAAGAGAUGUUUCCUCUGACUUAUCACAAGUAGCUGUUGGUCCUACCUAUGGGGGGGUCCCCUCUUCUGAACUCAUUGUAUAUUAGUUGGAAAUGUGGUGAUGUGCUGUUCGUUUAUAGGAAGUUGACUUUUAUAUAAAUAUAUAUAUAUAUAUAUAUAUAUAUACUAAAAAAGGAAAGAAAACCCCCACAGUGUGUGUCGUGCUAGUACCAGGGACCAUCUGUAGGGAUAUAUCUACAUAUUGUGUGUUUCAGAUUAUACAUUCCAGGCUCUGUUGGGUUCUUUCAUUUUUAUUGCUUUGUUUUCUCAUUUGGCAUUUCUCUCUUGCUAUGAAAAAAAGUGAUGUGUGAGAACCAAGCUAUGCUUUAUACUCUUAUUUUUUACUUGAUUUACCUUUCCCAUUCUUUUGCCAGAAGAAUAUGAAGAAGAGAGAUAGAGAAAUGAGAGAGAAGGACAGAAGGAUGAAGAGGGUGUUUUGCCCAGAAGGAAAAUGAGAAGGUCAGAUUUCCAAUCUGACUAUGGUUUGAGAGCAGAACAGGUCCCAGACUUUGUCCAGACUCCACCAAGAUCCAACAUUGUUGUAGAUGGAGCUGGCAAAGCAUUCUGAGAUUUGGACUUGGUGAAAUUCCAUGAUUGCCCAAAAAAGACAUUCUCUGCGGCCUCUCUCAGGUUGAUAUUCUCGCCAAGCUCCCGAUGUGCCCUUCACUGCUGGACGCUUUUUGAAGUUGACAGCUCUGUCCUGCAAAGACACCUAACCAAGACCAAAUGGGGGGCGGGGGACGGGUACUCCGGCCACCAUCUUGACACGCUCAGCGACAACUGUGUAUUGAAUGCUUUUUCUGUCAACUCUAACAUGGCCAAUCCCCCACCUGGGAAAUAUCUACAUAGCACUCUAGAUCAUUCCUUCUUCCUAAUAAUUGCAACUUGGUUGCUUCCGUGUUUGACUCACAGCCAUAUUCCUCCAUGUGUAAGUGAGUGUGUGUACGUGAGAGUGUGAGUGGGGUGUGUGUGUGGGCCUGUGGGCACAAGGGUGUGUGUUUAAAUAUAAUCGCACCAUAAUUUAUUCAGCUAUAUGGAAUAGUAGACUAGAAAGAGAAACUGGCAUUUGCUUUAACUACCUGCUUGUAAGUGCUUCCUCUGUAACU